AUGCUUCGCAAGCAGAACACUUUCGCUGAGAAAAAGGUCCAGAUGCGGGUGGAAAAAGUCAUGAGCGUUAGGAGACGCGAACAGCAAGAGAGACGGGUAGUCAGCCGCAUCCCAUGCGGAGUUCGCUUCCCUGCCGAGCUCUACAGCUGGAGCCAUUUCUACAGGGAUUAUGCAAUUGACUCUGGGUUUACAUUCUUGAAUAUUCUCCCGGGUUUCUAUACCAACAGCUCGUCAGCGUGCUGCCAGGAAGCACUCCACUCCGUUACCUUGGCUAGCCUAGCUCGCCAACGUCAGCAGUCCGAAUUGAUGGUAAGGGCAAGGUGGCACUACGGUAAGGCAAUUACAGCGCUUAACUUGGCACUGAAUGAUCCGGUUAUGACUGCUGACGAUUCGGUUCUCAUAACGUUACUUACACUUUCACUCUUUGAGACAAUUGUACCAGAGUCUUUGGAGACAAUGAUGUCUGAUGUUGACUACCACUGCCAUAUCCAUUUCCGUGGAACGUUGCUCCUCCUUCGAUGGCGGGCUGAGCGGGGCCAAAAUUCGGAUCUGGACAAGCGCGUUUUUGCAUUCUUCUCUUACAUUUGUUUCAUGAGUAUCUUCGUGAAUCACGAGUCAGGCGACUCGAAGUGGUCAGCCCUAGAGAAAUUCACGGCUCCGUGGAUGGAUGGCCCCCUCUUAGAGCCAGUUCUGAGUCGGGCCGUUGAGUUUAGGAGACGGAUCCGAGUUCCACUGACCGAAAUGGGCCAUGGCACAUCUAGAUUGGAAGUGCUUUCUAAGCUGAUCAGGGACGGGGUUAGUAUUAGUGACGAUCUUGAAGCUGUAGCCACUGGUGUCCAAUGCUCCACAGCGACAGAGCAACAGCCAACCGCAUUUAAUUGCCUUCUCGAGGUCUCUACCAAAACGGCACAGGCGAUUGCGAGAAGUCUAUAUCGAACUAUUAGGUACCACAUCAUAGAGUUAGUCAUGGGCUUCAUAAUGGCGCUUGAAGCGGACGGCGAGGAGCAUAAGGGGACUCAUACGCCCCAUAAACUAGCUGAUCAUCAUCCCUUCUCGCAUAAUGCGCCUGUAAUAAUUCUUGAGCAAAUAUGCGAGGAAAUUUGUGCUGUUCUUGGCUUCCACAGCGCGAGCGGUAUGGAGGAAGAAAAGACCGGAAUGGCUUAUCGAUCGUUUGGCAUGUUUUUCCCUAUGGUUGUUCUCUUAUUCUCUUCGUUAGUUGGGGCAAGGAAGAAAGUCUGGCUCCAAGAAAAACUUCAGUUCAUCGGCGAGACGAGCGGCCUCGGUCUGGCAACCUACGCAGCUGGAAGAGCUGCCUUAAUGUCUAGAAUAUAA